AUGGCAUCACCAUUAAUAACCAUCCUUUUCAUUGCUUUUCCUGUGGUCCUUUGCUACCCAACCUCUUUCAUUGAUCUUGAAGCCAAAGGCAGUAACCGAUCAGCUAUCCGCUUCUUGGCGGUUGGAGACUGGGGUGGUCUGCCAUACCCCCCUUACAUUACACCCAUUGAGAAGGCCACUGCUCAGGAGAUGGGUCGAGUCGCUGAGCAGAUGGGAGCUGACUUUGUUCUGGCCCUUGGUGAUAACUUCUACUACAAGGGGGUGGAUAGUGCAACUGAUCCCCGUUUCCAGGACACGUUUGAGAGAGUGUACACUGCAGACUCCUUAAACAUUCCAUGGUAUGUUGUUGCUGGCAACCACGACCAUGCAGGAAACGUCCUCGCGCAAAUUGAGUAUACCAAGAUGUCAAAGAGAUGGCAGUUCCCUUAUUACUUUUAUGAGCUGAACUUCCGCAUUCCAAAAACGGACAGUACGAUGACCAUCUUGAUGCUGGACACGGUGCUCCUGUGCGGAAACUCGGAUGACUUCUUCGACCAAAAACCAAGGGGUCCUCUGAGUGCUGCUCAGGCCAACAGACAACUACUCUGGCUCCAGGAAAGAAUGGCAAAGUCGAAGGCUGACUUCCUCCUCGUCGCUGGUCACUACCCCGUGUGGUCCAUCUCUGAACACGGACCCACCGAUUGCCUGCUGAAGAGACUGCGUCCUUUGAUGCUCAAGUACAAGGCCACUGCUUAUCUGUGUGGCCAUGACCAUAACCUACAGUAUAUUAAAGAAUCUGGAAUUGGCUAUGUGGUCAGCGGAGCAGGUAACUUCAUGGAUCCAGAUGUACGCCAUCGUCACGACAUUCCUAAGAACUCACUCAAGUUCUUCACUGGCAAGGCUUCAACCUUGGGUGGCUUUGCCCAUUUUGAAGUCACCAAGAAGAAACUGACGAUCACGUUCAUACAAGGAAGGGGAACUUCGCUUUACCGCGCUGUUCUGCCAAAGCGAGACAUCGACCGCUCCAGUGUUUGA